CCUGGGCGGCGCGGCCGGCCUGGACGGCGCAAGCCGGGCCGCGGGUGGCCUGGGCGACGCGGAUGGCUUGGACGCAGUGAUCGGCGAUGAGUUCCUGAUGGCAUCGCAGGCAUCUUCUACACCGGUUGCGCAAGCUAGGAGGCGUGCUGCAUCAGCUAACAAAAGGGCAAGGGAUGAUGAGGGUGAUCAUAUGGAUUGGAAUGAUGGCUAUACCACCAUUGUUUGCAAGUUGUUUGCUGAACAAGUUAGAAAAGGAAAUCGACCAAACACUCAUUUGAACAAUGUGGGAUAUUCCGAGGUGAAAGAAAGGUUUUUUCAGAGUACCGGUAUCAUGUUGAAAAAAAGUCAACUUAAGAACAAGUGGGAUAAGUUGAGGGGUGAUUUGUCUGCAUGGAAAAAAUUAAUGAGAAAGCAAACUGGUACUGGUUGGAACUGGGAGAAGGGAACUAUCAAUAUGGACGCCGAGUGGUGGAAAAAAACAAAAAAAGACAUUCCUGGCGUGGGGAAAUUUAAGAAUAGGCCUCUCCAAAAUGAAGAUGAGUUGAAGGUGAUGUUUGGAAAUAUCAUUAAUGAAGAGCAAGAUCAUUGGAAUCCUAUGAGUUCCAACCCCAUCAUACCCCCAAGCCAAGAAGCACCCAAUCCUAUGAGUUCCAACUUCAUUGAUGCCGAGGAUGGGUUAGAGAUGGGUGGUAACAAUGAUUUAGACAAUGGCGAUGAGGUCCAGGAGGUUUCUCCUUCCGUUGCCAAUGCUAAGAAAAAAGUACAUGUGAUCCUUGAUAAACCUAAUAAGAAAUCUAAGGCAAGCACAGCAUUAGUUAUACAAGAACACAUCUCCAAGAUAUCAGAUAAUGCUUCCUCUUUUGUCGCAAGCAGGCAAGCUGGGAUCACUAUUGAACAAGUAAUGGACCAUGUUGCCGCAUGUGGGGCUGCGUGUGGCAGUGAUGAGCAUUUUGUGGCAACUGAGCUUUUUGUCAAGAAAGAGCAAAGGGAAAUGUUCAUGACUAUUCCCACCAAUGAGGCUAGGUUUAGUUGGCUUAAGAGGAAGUACGAUAUGAUGUUUGCAAAGUGA